AUGGGACAAGACUUCAACAUCGGUGUCGACGGCCUGUCCAGCCGGAGCCUCUGCAAGGCCGACGUCAAGCCCUGGCUCUUCCCCAAGAAGAAGAGCUCCAAAAGCCUCAACGUCGACGACGGCAAGGUCGACAUCUUCUGGGACCUGUUUUCCAUCACGUUCGGUGUGGGGCUGGAGCCGCUGGAGGGCUUCUACGUCGUGCAGGUGUUCGACCUCGAGCUGGCGCUCCAACUCGACUACAUGAAGGACGCGUACAGCAAGACUGACGCCAACCGGUAG